AAGGCUUGAAGGGCCGUCAGCGCCUAGAAACUAGAACGUCCAGAAUCCUUUGCGCGCGGCUAAGGGGCGGGGAUUUGGGCGCCGUCUCUGGCUAAGAGAUGGCCGGGUCCUCGGGGUCGCCCCAUCGCUUGUUGUACAAACAGGUGGGCUCGCCGCCCUGGAAAGAAACUUUCAGGCAGGGAUGUCUGGAGAGAAUGAGAAACAGCCGGCACAGGCUCCUGAACAAGUACCGCCAGGCCGCAGGCGGCAGCGCGGCGGGAACAGCCUCGGACAGACUGUUUGUGCAAGAAGUGAUGGAGGAAGAGUGGAAUUCCAUGCAGUCUGUGGAGGACUGUCCAGAGGGCCUGUUUCAGUUGGCGUGGCCGCUGGACCUAGCUGUGCUGCAGGACAUCGAACAGGAGCUCUGUGAGGAAGAGAUGUCCCUCAUCAGCGAAUACGAGAAGAGCUUACAGUUCGAUGAAAAUGGUCUCAACAGCAUGUUGGCCGAGUGGGAAGCAAACCCCCUCAUCUGUCCUGUGUGUAUAAAGUACAACCUGAGGAUAGUGAGCAGCGUGGUCACGUGCCCGUGUGGCCUGAACAUCCCAUCUUGCUCAUCAGAGCUGACAGAGCAGAAGCUCCGUGCCUGCUUGGCGGACACUAUGAAUGAACACAGCGCACACUGUCCCCACACCCCUGAAUUUUCUGUCACCGGUGGAGCAGAAGAGAAGCCGAGCCUUCUGAUGAGCUGCCUGGUAAGUCUCCAUGGGACCCAGCCAGUUGCAAGAGCAUCAGUUCCCCUCUUGGUGGAUCUAAUGGCUUAGAAAUU